UGUGGUCGAUAGAGGCGAGCGCGUACCCCCUGGCAGUAUUUACGUCGAAUACGGCGACACAGCGAAAUGGAUCAUGGAAAAAGACGUGGGGCGACUUAUUCGGAGGGUAGGAUGAUUUAUGUAAAUAUAUUACGUGCAGGUUUAGGUGUAAGAAUCACAAAUGUAUCAAAGGUAUAUUUUGUGUAAAAAUCGACGGUGGUAGUUGAUGUGAGAAUUGCAUGGUCGUUCAAACAUAGACGAAUGACUCUCUCAAGAGCAUAUUGCUUUGUCCUUUCUCCGACCCUCGUGACUUCUGAUACAUUUAGAUAACCUUGACUAGCGGAGCCUACUCUUACGAUGAAUUUUUUGAAGGUAGACUCCGGAGGUGGACCUUUCGCUCCCCCAAGUGGGUCCACGACGACAGGGCCAUCGAGCGGUGGAAGUAGUACUGGUCCUGUUCUUUGCAAAUGGGGCUGCGGACACCAAGUUCAGCCUGGACUUACUAGGAAUCUAAACGCCUACGAUACAUGCUGCAAGAAGUGCGGCAUCACUAAGGGCCAAGGUGGACAUGACCCCAAUUGUCCAGGGCCUCCGGGAUCCGCCGUGCAAUCCCCUGCAAGACCUCCGCCAAGCGAGCCGUUAAGGGCUAACGAGCAGGCCGGCGGCUCGUCUUCAUCAAAUGUUCGAGGCACUUCGGUACCUGAAAUCGAGAAGAUUGCAUCAUCGACACGAGACUUGCAAGAAUUACGUUGGGAUUUUCAUCCGCUGAGAAUUGAAAGGAGUCUCUAUUCAUUGUGCGGUACUAUGAAAAUGAAUACUCAUGACUUCCACCUGGUAUCUUAGUGCAGCUGCUUGUAGUUUGAAGAGUGUACUAUACUAUAAAUGUCAUGCUUGUACUAGUACACCUACUUUUUACUCAUAGGCAUGAUCUUGAUCAGCCGUGAGCGUGACUGCUUCGACUAGGUCCUCUUGCUUCUAAGUAUUCUCGUAAAAGGCCAUUUGAAAGCUUUCGGCAGUGGAGCAGGUGGACACUUGCCCUCCCGGUUGAUGCAUAACGAGUUCCAAUCUAGUUACAGUCAAUUUUGCGCCCAAUUUCUGAUUGACGAAAACUUCUCGACUCACCUGAAAAAAUUUCUACCUGGCUACAUCAACAGUGGAGGCGGAAGCGCGGAUGCUAGUGACUUGCUGAGUUUUUAUCGGGAAAUACUGCGGGAAAACCUUCGGAGCGUUUUGCAGCCACAGAAAAAGUUGGAGAUAGAGCGCAAGAUGCUAGUCAGGCAGAAUCCUGGCUCACUAGAGGAUUUCUACAAGGUCGGUCGGAAGCUGGGAGAAGGAUCCUUUGGGAGCGUCCAUCUUGUGGAAACGAAGAGCCAAGAUCCCCACUUCUCCCCUGAGCAACGCGUAUGUUAAGACUCGUAUGUUAAGACUCUAGAUGCUCUUGCUGAUGCCAUUGGUUUUCACACAAACUUAGAUGAUAUUAGGGACUUCUUGAGAAUUCAAAUUAGUAGCUAGAGGUUUUUUGAGGUUGAGCGUACUUACAGUGAUCUUUACUGUGAUAACUUUUGCUGGUACAACCCGGCCGGCCUCCCGGGUCGAUGCUGUGAGGACCGUACUUUUCUUGAGGACAACAAAUUGAUAAAGUACUACAGUUUUUAAGUUUUAAACCGAAGAAGCUCAUCUAAGAACGCAAGAUGAUUCGACUAGACGGAUUUAA